CUUAAAGCAAUUAAUAUAAAAUAGCCUAGUGGAGAGAGCUGCGAUCGAAGGAAUAAUAAUGAAGCGGUUUUACUACAUACUCGGUGUUUGCCUGUUGUCGUGCCAUGUUGUGCGCGCCUCGUAUUCCCACCUGCAAGCGAUCGAUUUUUCGCAGCUGCAACAGCAACAGAAGUCAUCAAUUACCCAGCAACAACAGCAACAGGACCGUGAUUCGCAGGAGCAAACUGACACCACCACCGACUCAUCCGAGGACUAUGACAGCCAUCCGCAGUAUAGCUUCGCUUAUGAUGUGCGCGACACGCUGACCGGCGAUGAGAAGCAGCAGGAGGAGAAGCGUGAUGGGGAUUUGGUGCAAGGACAGUACUCUCUCGUUGAGCCAGAUGGCACCCGUCGUGUUGUUGAGUACACCGCUGACGACAUCAACGGCUUCAACGCCGUAGUCUCCAAGCAACUAGUUGACGAACGCUCUCGCUCAUCUACCUCUUCCUCGGCCACCGCUUCUUCAUCGCGCUACAACAGCUACGAGGCUCUGCAGUCGCAAAUUCAAGCACAAGCCAUCGCCGAAGCCCAAGCUCAGGCCGCCUCAUAUGCCGAAGCGCAGGCGCUCGCUGAGGCGCAACUGCAAGCGCAAGCUAAGGCGCAUGCCGAAGCUAUGGCGCAUGUCCAAAGCGACGCCGAAUUGCAGGCGCGCAUUCAAGCGGAGGCACAGGCACGCGCUCAGGCCCAGCAACUGAUGGAGCAGUUCCAGCAGCAGUACAAGCAACAACAGCAACAGCAGCAAGAACAGCAGGAACAAUUGGUACAAUUGCAGCAGCAGCAACAGCAACGCCAACAGCAACAACAGCAGUUGCGUUCUCAAGUGCAACAAUCACAAGAACGCUUGACUAACGAACAAGCGCUGCUGCUCUCACAAACGCUGCCCACCCGCACGCUCGGGCACAGCGUUCACGCCACUGUGGUUUCACAUCCGCCUACAAUAUUGACGCGCGCACCCAGCGGCAGCGUAUACGCCCAACAGCGUGAUAUUUCCACAUUGAAGGAACUGCGCGAUGGCAGCACACGCCAAACGAUCGAACGCACCACGCUGCCGCAAAUUGUCAUCACACAACCGGCAAGCGCCACGGUGCAGGCACAAGUCAUACACUCGCCGCUGCUACUCGAUGGCAGCACUGGCACAACGGGCAUGCGCAGCGUCAUAUCUACGAAAAUCACCAACGCCAGCGGCAAUGGCGGACGCAGCAGCACCAUUUCACUACGUGGCGAUGCCGGACGCUUGAGCGCCACCGAACAACUGCUCAACCAGCUGGACAAUGACGACGACGAUACAUUGUCGCGCAGCAGCUUGCGGCUAUUAAGUAGCGCCAGCACUAGUGGCGCCAGCAUCAAAGGACGGAAUGGUGGCGGCAGUGGCAGCAGCGGGCUCAGUAGCUACGAUGGCAGCAAUAGCGGUUCGGACGAGCGAGGCGGCGGUCGUGAUGAAAAUGGACUACGCAGCGGACUACGCGGUGGAAGCAGACGUUUGCAAACGCUCUUCUCUAGCAGCGGUAGUGGCUCUAGCAGUGGUGGAAAUGGCAAAUCCACAUGGUAA